GCAGUCAGCUGUUGAUCCAGAGUGUCUGCAGGCCACAGUGUGAAUGUGAGUUUGACAUGCAAACACCAGGCAGAGAUUUUAACCAUCAAAGUUGUCACAGCUUCCCAGGCAUGGUGGACACCCAGCAGCUCUUAGCUUGGCCUGUGGGCUUCAGUCUGAACACAGUGGACCUGCCAGAGUUCGAUGACAGCCCCCACUGUCUCGACAUGAAACAUAUAUCCACGUCCGACUUUGGCUCCAUUUCCUCCUCCUCCAUCCCUUCCUCGCUGUCUCCCCCAUUUGUGUCCUCCAUCUCAUCCGUUGGUGUGAGCUACGACCUUAGUCCACCGCAGAGUGAGGAACAUCUGACCAACAUGGACUACACCAACAUGCACAGCUAUAGAUCAGAGCCAGACACACACAAUAGCAUCAAAUUGGAGCCACAAUCACCUCCACAGUUCUCUGACAGCCCCGUGUUCUCCAAGCUGCCAGAUGAAACGUCAUCAUCAGCGUUAAACAUUGAGUGCCGCGUGUGUGGAGACAAAGCCUCAGGGUUCCACUAUGGCGUCCAUGCCUGUGAGGGCUGUAAGGGUUUCUUCAGGCGCACAAUCAGGUUAAAACUGGUGUACGAUCACUGCAAUCUUCACUGUCGCAUUCACAAGAAAUCCCGCAACAAAUGCCAAUACUGUCGCUUCCAGAAGUGCCUGAAUGUUGGCAUGUCACACAACGCCAUUCGUUUUGGCCGAAUGCCUCAGGCGGAGAAGGAGAAACUGCUGGCUGAGUUCUCAUCUGACAUGGAGCACAUGCACCCGGAGGCUGCAGAUCUGAGAGCUCUGGCUCGGCAUCUGUAUGAGGCCUAUCUGAAAUACUUCCCCCUCACCAAGGCCAAGGCCAGGGCCAUCCUCUCCGGGAAGUCCGGAGACAACGUGCCUUUUGUCAUCCACGACAUGAAAUCUCUAAUGGAAGGAGAGCAGUUUAUCAACUGCAGGCAGAUACCCCUCCCGGAGCAGCAGCAGACCUCCGCCCUUACAGCUGGACAAGGAGUUUCAGGGAUCACAGCAGCCCACUCAGGGUCAGAUUAUGGUGUUCUGGGAAUGACGAGCAUCAGUGGACAGGGACCAUUUGACGCAGCAGAGCUGCGUUUCUUCCAGAGCUGUCAGUCACGCUCAGCAGAAGGAGUGAGAGAGGUGACGGAGUUUGCCAAGAGUAUCCCGGGAUUCGUCGAUCUGGAUCUCAAUGAUCAAGUAACUCUACUGAAGUAUGGAGUGAUUGAGGUCUUGAUCAUCAUGAUGUCCCCGCUGAUGAACAAAGAUGGCACACUGAUAUCUUAUGGACAAAUUUUUAUGACAAGGGAAUUCCUCAAGAGCCUCAGGAAACCUUUCUGUCAAAUGAUGGAACCAAAGUUUGACUUCUCUGUCAAGUUUAACACAUUGGAGCUGGAUGAUAGCGACAUGGCGCUGUUUCUGGCUGUUAUCAUCCUCAGUGGGGACCGACCUGGCCUGCUGAACGUCAAACCCAUCGAGCAGCUUCAGGAGACGGUGCUUCAUUCGCUGGAGCUGCAGCUGAAGCUAAACCACCCGGACUCUCUGCAGCUGUUCGCCAAGCUGCUCCAGAAGAUGACGGACUUGCGUCAGAUAGUGACAGAUCACGUCCACCUCAUGCAGCUUCUGAAGAAGACCGAGGCGGACAUGUGCUUACACCCGUUGCUGCAGGAGAUCAUGAAGGACUUGUAUUAGAAUUCAGGACAGGACAUGUGAAGAAAGAUUUUUUUUAAAAGCCAUAACGUUAACAACAUACAAGAGGAAUGAUUGUGUGCUUAAAAAUAAAUAAAAAUAAAAAAUAUCCAAGCAGACUCACCAUAUGACCCAUCUGAUUUUGAGACAGAGAUGGAGAAGAACAGGAAAACAGAAAUCAACAAAUACAGAAUGUGAUAUGUCUUGUCUGGGAAGUCUGCAUGCCAUUAACUUAACACAAUCAUUCAACCACCAAUGAACGCAAACAUUUUUUGAAUGCAAAACAACCAUCCAUUGCACCGAUUAAGAUUGUCGACAACAAAGUGAAAGAGAGAGGACUUCCGUAUCGCCAAGCUCAGUGUAAAAUCAUGAAAGUUUCAAUGCAACCAGCUUUACUUGCCUUAAUGAGAAAUUUGUUUUAUACUAUGUCUCAUACAUUAUAAUACGUGUUGUUCAUCUGCAUUUUAUCAGCAUGUAUGUUACAACCAUCAGAAGCAGCAGCAGCGUGUACGUGCAUUAAUACCUCUGCAAACGCACACAAAUGCAUGAAUGGUCACACGCUAAACUAUGCACAACUGUUUUUUGUGAAGGUGCUAUCUCAUGUUAGUCAUCUAUAUCCAGAAACAGAAAUCAGAUUAGUGCCUUGAACAUAUUUUAGUACCGCACACCUAGAAGAAACUGUGACAAAAGAUACAUGACAAUGAUAAUGUUAGCGCUCCGCUGACAAAAGAAACCGUAUUUGCCAUAUUGUGCCUGUGUUUUCAAAGCUUUAUGAACAUAUAAACUGUACGAUAUAUGGUUACUUUUUUAGUUUUCGUUUGUAUGAAAUUACCACAUAGAAUUUGCUUAUGAGCCUUAUUUUAUCGCAAACGUUUCUAAUUGGUUGAGUUUUAAUUUUGACUGUGAAAUUAUUUUUUAUCUGACGGGGACUGUACAGACAAAAGUACUGGAUCAAUACCACUGUGGGGGAAAAGAUGAAGAAAUUAGC